UUCACAUCAUGAGCCACACAUGAUGAUGUUGUUGUCUCUGACAGGUGACGUGCGGGUCUUUCUUGUGUUUUGUGAGGUUUUCUUUAUUAGUUGCUUGGUUCCUUUGCAGUUGGGCUCACUGCAGGCUGUCGAAGGUUCCGCUGUGGACUGUUUGUGUGACCUGGACCAUGUCGACCCGCACGUUCGGGUGCCAGGUCUGCCUCACCACAUAUAAGAAGGUUUUUGAUUUCAAGAAGCAUGUGUCCUCAUCGGAACAUCGAAAGAACAUGAAGACAAUGUUCCCAGAAGAAAAACCAUUCAACGGUAAAGGUCUCCUUCCCUCUAUUGUCUUUCUGGAUUGUACGGCCACCUUCAGACUUCCCAUAAUAGGGUUAUCUCAGCUGACGAUCUGUUACACUCCAGGGAAGAAAAUUUGUUUUUACCUCUGCCAUGUAUGUGAGGAAAAGUGUUCACCGGACAGGAUCAAAUCACACUUCUAUCACGGAGAUCAUUACAGCAGUUACUUUAGUUAUACAAACCCUGAUAGCCUGAAUUUUGCCUGGAUCCCCAGUGCUUCCGUAACACGCCCCCUGAUGGUUUGCAUCAAAAACGAAGUGGAUAAAAACGGAGCUGGAGUGUUACAGAUAUUGGAUUUACCUGAAAACCUGCUCAUCAAGGCUCAAAAAGGAACCUAUUCUGAAGUGAUGCAUUUGUUCAGUGAAAAUGAAAAUCUUUCCAAAAAUAUUGCAGUUGCGAUACCAAGCAGGAAAACGAUUCAGUCAUACUUAAGAAGUGACACCAGACAACAUCCACUUCUUGGUAUGCAGCACAUUGUAGAGUGCAUUUGUGCUGGGCAGAAGUGGAAGAGCCACUACCUCUGCACACUGUGCCGCCUUACUUUAACCACCAGCAUGAUCGUCAAACAUGUCCUGAGCUUUGACCACAUCUAUUCUUAUUUUGAAGCGUGGCACCCCUCUACUCUGAUGGCAAAGCAGUGUUAUAUGGACAACUCACAAUCCUUUUCUUCAUUGAUGCUGGAUCUUGCACAUCAGUCACAAAACAUUCUUGGAACUGCCAAUAGUGAUAUAAAGCAAGUGAUCCUGGAGCCUGAUGUAUUCACAUCAGUGAAGUUGGCUUGUUAUGACAAAGCCCUGAAGGAACUUGAAUCAAUCACAAAGAACGAAACUGAACACAGUUUAAUAACAAGCAUCAAACCGGGAAACAAGCUGGAGCCGAGCCGUCCGAAGCUGCACAGUUCUGUUAUCGGCUCCAUGGACACCAUCUCUGCGCCAAAGUCCACAUCCACAAACCCCCCAAACAAAGCAAAACAAGAAAAAAGUCUAGAAAAACAGAAAGGGGAGAGCGUCUCGACAGAGUGUGGGUCUGAACAGCCAUUCUACGUACUACGUUGCCAGGAUUGCAAUAUGAUCUUUCAAGAGGAAUCUCAUUACCGCACCCAUACAGUAAAAAUGAAACACCUGAAGAUGGUAAAAAGAAUCUUUAAAGUUGAUGCCAUGCCUGGCCAAGCAAGGUUUUGCAAAACCCCUGCCUUAUACGCAUUUGUCAAAGACACCUUAGAGAAUAAACUACCUGUUAUAGGUGCCUCCCUGAUUGUGACCGUUCUCUGCACAAAGGCUUCAGAUGAACCUCUUUGUAUUUGCUUUGCCUGUGAGGACUGUUUUGUAGAGAAAUCCCUGAGACAACACAUGGCCUCUUCAGUACAUCUCAUAAAGACGCUGAUGUAUCAGAAUCCAUGGCGACUCCCUUUUGCCUGGGACCAAUGGGAAGGUGUGAAUCUAUUAAAGACAAUGGCAUAUGAGGAGGAGAAAGAAAGGGGAAGGAGUGAAAGGAUGGUGAAGGUGCUUGAUGUCCCACAAGCGUUAUUGAGGAACCUAAUCCGACCAUGUUACUACCCAUCAGUGAUGAGCAAACUUGUGCUAUACCAUGCUGUGUUAAAGCGUUCUGUUCCACCCCGUGAAACACACAGAAAAUUAGACCAAAAUGACAGGUUUCCUCUGCUGGGUAUGCAGUUUCUGGUCAAGUAUGCUGUGACUACUGAGAGUUACCAGCACAGAGGAUGGCAUUUGGUGUGCUUGCUCUGUCAUAGGACAUUGCCAAGAACAGAAUAUCAUACUCACAUAUUCAGUCGGGAACAUGUUGUCCGAUUUCUGGAGUCUUUCCAUCCAGGCUCAUUGAGCUCUCAUUCUGAAAAUAAGGAGAUAUUACUGGAUUUGGCAAAACAGGCAGCACGUAUCCACCCCAUGUCAAGUGAACAGGAAAUACUUUUGGAACAGCCCAUCUGGGAGCCAUGCUCCUAUGAAAGACUCAUAAGGAUCCUGGCGUCUGCUAAAAAAAGAAAUGAGGACAGCCCAAUCCCUCUUGAACCACCGGUGACAGUUAAAAAGAAGUUGGUCCCCAGAGACAAGAUUAAAGAAGUACCCAAAAACCAGGUGAAAGAGAGUGUAACUAAGGGGAUGAAUCAAAAAUGUCCUGAAAACACAGAGACUGCCUCAGAGAAUAUUUCAGUUGAAUCUGUUGCAGCUGAAUCAGAUCCAAAAGCAGAAGUGUCUUUGGAAACUUGUUUGUUGGUAAAGGAAACAUCCACUGAGGAACCUACAAAACUGACAGUGGUAAAUCAAAGUGAAGACAUCUCAGAGAGAGAAAAUAUGUCACAAUACACAGAGACAGAGAUUGUCCAAAACCAGCGGAAAAACCACAGGAAGAGGCACAUUAGUCAGUGUGAAGAAUCCAAGGACACAUGUCCUAUUGAGGCUGUGGGUGGAGUUAUGAACCGUAAAAAGCAGCGGCUGAUCUUGAAUCAAGAAACAGAAGACAUGUCAGAUGAUGGAAAAGAUGGGGCAGUGGCAGCAAAAAAGGGAAAACAGACGCAGCAGUUCCUCAGCAAGUUGGACUGUUCUGUGGUUGGGUCAAAUGUACUUUAUGAAUGUUGGUGUGUGAACCGUGACCCAAUCUACCUGUGUGAGUGCUGCAGUCUGAAAGUCAAAGAGGAGGAUAUCAUCAGCCACAUUACUGACUCGACCCACCAGAAGAUGAGCCCACUGGCAGUUGAUUUGGAUGAAGAUGUUUACAACAGUCUCUUAAAUCAAAACUUCAAAACCAGCCUACAGAUACUGAGAGCAUAUCUGGGUCAGCAGGAAGAUGGAAGUGAACUCCCCUCAACUUCUAGUGUUCAACCUGUGGCCACCUCAGUCACUGCUGAAUGUCAACAUGAAAUGAACUUGAGCACAGACAACCAGCAGGUGGUGGACAUGGAGGUUGAAGACUCAGUGGAGCUGUUCUCCUCAGCAACUGCAGGCAUAACUGUAAUGACCAAUGCAUCAGCUUUUUCACAAGGUGGACUCGACUGUCCUGUGCAACUUGGUGUCCAAAUGAGUGUAACUCAAGAUAUCACUGUUGAUAAGAUGGAUCCUACCCCCUCCAGCUGUUUUUCUGCCACCUCUAGCAGUACUGUAGAAAAUUUCUGCAGCUCAGAAACUGUUAGAUCAACAUUAGUCACCUCCAGCUGUAUUCCAACUAACAUCAAAUGUAAUGGAACUGCCUUCAAGAGCCCAGCAGCCGCAUCAUGUGCCACCGGAGACCUCAUCACAUCUACAACUGUCGUGACUGACAGUACCUUUACAUCUGCACCUUCCAAACCGAUGGGAGAAGUCUCCUCCUCUAGUGCAAACAAAUCAAACACAACAAAAUCGUCACCCAACCAACUUGAUGUCAGAGCUAAAGCUGGACCAAAAGUCACCUCAACUACGUAUAAAUCUGCAUCCAUCUCUGUUGCUGAAUCUGCAGAUGUAUGUGAAGACCCCUUCAAAACCACAGCUUCCUACAGAGACUUAUCUGAAACUGCAUCUACAACUACAGUGGUAAUUCAGACUGAAGUAGUUUCAUCUGCUCCAACAAGUAAAUCACAACCUGAAAAUACUGAAGCCAUGGAUGAAAGGGUUUAUAUGAAGAAUUCUGUCAGCACAAAUAAUAUCAUUGCACCAAAUGUCAGCAAGAGUGACCCGUCUGCUGCUCUGACCACACCAGUAUUUGUCACAUCUCAACACAAGACACCGCCCACAGAACCAUCUCUUACCCAAGACAGGAAGACAAAGUCAUAUAAAGGCCCUUGUCCAAUUGGUGUUGACCAGUUGAUCAAAGUAAAUUGUGAAGAUAAACGACAAGCUUAUUGCCAGCUGUGUAUGGUCAGACUAACACAUUCCUCGCACACGUGCAGCUUCCAACACCAGUAUAAAUAUGUGAAACUGAUGUAUCCAUCGUGGACGCCAAAGGAGUCAACAUUAGAGGAGGAAUUAUACCAAAAAGUGGCUGAAUUAGCUGAAGCUGAGAAACCCUUGAAGAGGACUAAAGUGAAUCUGGAUGUGUAUCAGGAGCUUGCUGCUCUUCCAGAGGCCAUAGCUGUACAAAGACUUGUAGAGAUGGUGAACCAGAAAAACUCAAGGAAUUCGCCAUCCUCAACAUAUCCUGGAAAAAACACAAGACAGCCAGUUUUCUCAGCUAGUCCAAGUGGAUUUACAAGCCCAGAUUUCGAGAUGGACUCGCCACCAUAUGAAAUUGCAGUACUUUCUACCCACAACCAGACAGAGAAGGAAAACAAAAAUGAGCUCAAGACAGUACCGGUCCAGAAAGCUGAGCUCAGAGUGGAAAGCCCUUCCACUACACUGGAUCCUCUGAACACCAGUGUAGUAUCAGUCAGACCACCGAUUCAAACCCCCGACACAGGCGAAAAAACAUUUGUGUACGGAAAACAGCAGGAGAGCAAUGUUCCAGUAUUACAGGACGCACAGGUUUCAACAGCGGGCUCGAAGGAAACCCCGUCCUCAAAAUCCGUUUCAUCUGAUGCUCUAGUGAGACCGUCAACCCUCAGACAGAAAGCAGAACAUGUACCAAGACUUUCAAGAUAUAGUCCAGGGCAGCAGGAGGCGUUCGAGGCACAAGAUACAAUUCGAAUGGGAGAAAUGGCUCCAGGUCCAAGUAACUUGUCGAGAGGGUUAAGCGUGAAAGUCACUGAACCGUUCAUAGGUCUGGGUUCUAUAUGGGAAUGCCGAGAGAUAUCCAACAAACCAUCACCAACCAUCUACCUGUGUGAAUGCUGUGAAGAGAGGCACUCGAACGGAGACAUCAUUAAGCACAUGAUCAGCAUUCGCCACCAGGUCAAAUACAUGCAGAUGCAGCCCCAGUACCAGAAGUUCUUAUACUGGUUGUCAGAUAAGGACCUGGAGGAACACCAGAGAGUAGAACUUGUAAAAGACAUUGUCAGUUUCCUCAGAGAGAGGGAAACUUCGAUGGAUGCGCAGAGUGUCCUGCUGCACUCAAGGGCCUAUAACUAUGUUCGCGAUGUGCCGUGUAUAAAAGUAGCUUUGAAGCUGGUGCGAGAAAUCCAGGGCAGUGGCAAACUGAAUAUGCCCAUCAGACCUGCUGUUGAUCUUCCCUCCCAGAAUGCUUCAGCCCUCACAGCGUCACAGAUGUCUCCUGUCUACCCUGGACCUACACACCAAGGGAAAAGACAAAGCAGGAAUGCCUCCCUGAGCCAGAUUCACAUACAGCAGCCACCACAGCAGGUCACCACACUUUCAUUUGUACAAAAUAACACAAUCACAGAGACCUCUACUGAUUGGCUGAUUCCAGCUGUGCAGCCCGAGCAGGUGUUAUCAUGGACAGACGCCACUCAGCCUGUCAUAGCCAGUAACACUGUCUAUGCAGCUCCAUCUACCACUCCGUUCAGUCAGAAUUACAACCCAGCUUGUCAUGUCCCGAACCAGUACAUAGUUUUUUUUGGGCAGAGUAACAGUAACACACAACCUACUGCACCUGCCGUUCAAGCCUCCACACAUCCUGGAUCCUUCCACAGCCAACAAUGAUUUUACACCAGUGAAACCCUUCAGCUCUGUGUCAGAAACAGUAGCUACUUAUUAAACAACAGAGACCUGAGCAGUGUUUUAAGUGCUUUAAAGUGUGGAUAUGAAAACACCCCUUCAUUUUAUUUAGAGUUACGAAGGCUUAUUAUUGUAAGUUGAUUGUUUUGUGUUUGAAUUAUUAGCAGCCAUGUUCAUUUUCUAAUGUUUUUGUUGACACGUAAACAGCACAGCACAGACCUGCUAGUUUAAUGUGAAUGGUUCUGUCAACAUUUCUUGAAGUUUUGUUAUUUUAAAGAUAUUUGCAUUUUAAUAAAUCAAAUAUUAAAUAUCAA